UCUCUUCCUCUUCGGACGACUUCUCGCGCAUGCAUGUACAUGCGUCCGAGUGCUGCCGAGUGUGUCGAUCCGAUGACGGUGGCAGUGCUGGUGCUGGUGGUGGUAGUAGUAGCAAUAUAGGUGUUAGUACUGGUGGCGGUGGACGUCUGAAGUCUGAAGUAUCGACUAGAGAACACGCCGGGCUAAUAUUAGAAUUUCCACGAGAGAUAUCUGCGGCCGUUCAUCUUUCGCCACGAACCCUUAAUUCUGAGCCUUCGUUCUCGCGGACCAUUUCCCUUUCUCCUCCCUGGAACAAUCGUUUGAUAACAUCUUUACGUUGUGUAAUUCCAAUGCGCGACCUCAGAAAUAUAUGUCAGAGCGAUAGGUCAAUGUCCGACCCAGUAUAAUGACGUAAUAUAAAUGCCAUAAGAAUCGCGUGUGCCUCUUUACGAAGUUCUCGUCAGAUAUUUAUCGCGUGCGUUUAAAGAGAAACUUUGAAACGUUAUCGCCGCUUGUUUUUUUAAUCCAAGCGCUAAGUGCUGCGUUUAAGUACGCGUUAAGAACCAGUGAGAGGGUUGCUUAUCUGGGAGGGAUGAGAGAGACACACCCCGAAACAGUGAUGAAGCGUCUGUCAGCGUGGUCAGAUGAGAAUGAGUCAUUCCGACGGUUGCGAUGCAAUCUCGAUGAUGUCAAAAGCACGCCGAAUAAGGAUCGCGAAAGACUCUUGUUUCGCAGUAAAUUGGAUCGCUAUUUCUUGCAUGUGCUAUACUUUUUCUUUAUUGACCUCAUUUAAAAAGAAAAGAAAAGUUUAUGCCUUCGCGUUUUGUUUAGUAAAAAAA